AUGACAAAGGUGAGUCUUAUUAUAUGGGAUGAAGCACCUAUGGCACAUCAUAAUUGUUUUGAGGCUGUAGACUGUUCAUUGAGAGAUCUACUUCGAUUUAUUGACAUAAACAGCGUCGAUAAAACUUUUGGAGGAAAGACAGUUGUAUUAGGUGGUGAUUUUCGACAAAUACUGCCAGUUAUUGCUAAAGGCCAUAGAGAAGAUAUUGUUGAUGCAUCAGUGAAUAGAUCUUAUUUAUGGAACUUUUGCAAGGUAUUUGUACUAACACAGAAUAUGCGUCUCCAACAACCUAAUGCUGAUUCUAACAACUUUGCAGAAUGGAUACUCAAAUUAGGUAACGGAGAGCUUGGUGAAGUUGACAGCCAAUCAAAUAUAGUCAUACCCUCUGACCUAUUAAUUGAUGUUGGAGAUGAUCCAAUACAAAGCAUUGUGACUGCAACAUAUCCAAAUCUUCACAGCAACUAUGCAGAUGGAAAAUACUUGGAAGAGCGAUCUAUUCCAGCUCCAACAGAUGAUGUAGUCAAUGAAAUAAAUGACCAUAUCAUAGACUUGCUUGCUUCAAAUGAGGAGACAUAUCUUAGUGCAGAUUCAAUUUGCAAGGCUUCGAGAUACAUUCAGAAUGAAGAUGUACUUUACCCAAUUGAAUUCUUAAACUCCUUGAAAUUCCCUGGCAUACCAAAUCACAGACUACGUCUUAAAGUUGGUCUUCCAGUAAUGUUGCUCCGAAAUAUUAAUCAAUCAGCUAGCCUAUGCAAUGGGACUCAAUUAGUAGUUACUCAAUUAUCCAAAUGGGUGAUCGAAGCUAAAGUUAUAACUAGAUCACAUGUGGGAAACAAAGUCUUCAUCCCAAGAAUAGUACUCUCUCCAUCAGACACAAAAUUGCUGUUUGUUUUAAAGAGAAGACAAUUCCCAAUUUCUGUUUGCUUUGCCAUGACUAUAAACAAGAGCCAAGGGCAAUCACUAAAACAUGUUGGACUUUUCUUGCUUAAACCAGUUUUUAGUCAUGGGCAAUUAUACGUUGCUGUUUCUAGAGUUACUACUAGGAAUGGUCUUAAACUCUUGAUAAUUGGUGACGAUGGCAAAACCUCUUCAACGACUAAAAAUAUAGUCUAUAAAGAGGUCUUUAGAAAUAUACAUAUAAAUAUGUGA